AUGGCCCCUUCAGCGACGUCGGAUAUUAUCGUGGUGCCGGUGGCGAAAGUGGGGGUCGAGGAGGAGACUUCGCCGAAACAUGUUGCUGUGCAUGGGGCAGAGGACAAGACGCCGUUGGAGGCUAUUAGCCAUGGGGAUUUGGUAGCUCCUGGCAUCCCGACAUUCUCAUCCCACGCCGAAGAGCGUAAACACAUCCUCAUCCACACGGCGGCCGUCUUCCGCGAUUUCUCUCGCAAGGGUUUCACCGAAGGAAUGGCCGGCCACAUCUCGGUCCGAGACCCGGAGUACGAGUCUUAUAUCUGGAUGAACCCGCUGGGGAAACAUUUUGGUCUCAUGACCGCUGGAGAUCUGAGCAGAGCGGCCAACGCAGCUGGCUUCCUCAUCCACUCUGAAAUCCACAAAGCCCGUCCUGAUGUCCACGCUGUAUGUCACGCCCACACAAACGCCGGUCGCGCCUGGUCCUCUUUUGCUAGGGGAAUCGACAUGCUGAACCAAGAUAUUUGUACCUUAUACAAUUCUAUUGCUGUGUAUAAUGAGUACGGCGGCAUUGUAUUUGCCGAGGAAGAAGGAAAGAACAUCGCCACGGCGCUGGGAACGAAGAAUAAGGUCGCAAUUCUGAUGAAUCAUGGCCUCUUGAGUACCGGCUCCACAGUCGACGAAGCCGGCUUUCUCUUCGGCCUACUCGACCGCGGAUGUGCAAUACAGCUCCAGGUCGAAGCGGCCUUGGCCGGCAACCCCAACCUAAAGAAGCACAUCGUAAGCGACGAAGAAGCAGCAUAUAACUUUAAGAUGGCGAGCGAGAAAAACGCUUUGUACGCUGAAGCGCAACCAGAUCUGGAUUAUGAAUUUGCAAUGGCUGGGGAGGGGGUUAUUGAGAAGGGUGUUGAGAACCAGAAGAUUGAUUGA